AUGUGGACUGUGAGCUCGGGUGGCAGCAGCAGCACCACCAGCAGCAACACCAGGAGAAGCCUGGACGAGUCCGAGGUGCUUUGCUGCAUUAACGAAUACCGCAGGGAGCACGGAGCCCCGAUGCUGAGGUGGAGCUCGGCGUGCGCCCGCGAAGCUCAGCGGCGAGCCAGCCACGAGUCCGGGCCGAGCGCCGAGUAUGGCGAGAAUCUUGCCAGGAGCACGGAUCAUAGCUGGAGAGAUCCAACGAUAGCUUGUAUCGGCUCCAUCCACCGGUGGCAGGUACGUGGUUAG